AGACUCUUGUAACGGACAAUUUCACGUGAUAUGAGCUCCGUAUACUACUGACCCCCAGUCGUCUGCAUGAAAACAAUGCUUGCCUAGCAGGUCGAGCUUGGCGCCUCUUCUGUGCCACGCUCGUAGCUAGAUCCCCUCUCUCGGAGUGUCCUACGGCCGUGUGAAUGGACGGGUCGAGAGUAACUGUGGUGGUCCACGGUGGCAAGGAGGUCGGGAAGACUACCUUCAUAGCCCACAGCCUUGAGCUCUAUAAGUCUGAAGUGGGGCCAGAAACAACUGCUGCAGUCCACAUAUGCGGUCGCGAUGUCGCCGUCACUGUCAUCAGAAACCCAGAGAAGCUGACGUCAGCUCAUGUUGCUAUUGUCCUGAUUGACCUCACAGUCAAGGAUGCCCUGAGGGAGCUACCAGGGAGUCUGGAGAUGGCCCAGAGAAUAAAUCCCAGAGCCGUCUGUGCCGUCGUGGCAACUAAGGCCGACCUCUAUCGCCUCCGUAAGGUUGCAACUGAAGAUGGAGUGAGGUUUUGUGAGUCGUGGCCGCAAGGCUCAGUCCCCCUGCCCUACUACGAGACAGGACUGGAUCCUCCCGACAGCAUCUUGUUUGCCUUCCAGGAGAUCCUGGGGAGGCCACUCAUCGACGACUUCGUGCAGAGAAAGGUCACCACAGAGCCUGAACUAUCUCAGUUUAUCAAUGAGUCGAUGGAGUGGUGUCUGGAGAACGGAUCAGCAAACCUCCUCUCCCACCUUCGCUCCCUCGGUCACUCCAUCCCUCCCUCUCUCUUCCCCAAACACACCGACGUCCUCUCGCAGUAUUUCUUCACACAGCAACCCCCGACUCCAAUCCCAGAGUUCACCAAAAACGACCUCUCCGUCGCACCCGAGAGUUCAAACUUUGAAGACACUCUCGACGAACCAGACGAGCCGCUGCAAGUUGUGGACACGCGCCCCACCAUCCUCGUCUCCCCCACACACCACCUCCCCUGGUCCGAUCUCUCUCUCACCGUCUUCCCGUCCGAAUUUCUCUGUUCUCGCACUCUCUCUGGACUAACUCUCUCCCACGUCGAUCUGUCCGGAAAUCUUCUUGCGGAGAUCCCACUGGAAAUCUUUCUCCUUCCGUGUCUUACGUUUUUGAACGUCUCUCGGAAUUGUCUCCGUUCCCUCCCUGCCAUUGAUGGGUGGGGGCGACGCUCGAGACUGCAGAUAUUGGACGCAUCGCGGAAUUCGCUCGGCGGGGGCGGGAGUCCGUUGCCACAGCGACGGGGAGGAGGGGACGGGGCUGUCUCCGUUCCGUGCGCGGGGGACGUAUGGAAUGUGGACCUGAGCCAUAACGACUUCACCGGGUUCCCCAGCUGGGUCACCAGGUUUCCAUCACUGAGAGUGUUGGACCUCUCGGGAAAUCCUCAGGUAAUUAUGUAUGCCUAAUGUGGUACAUUUCCGCAAUAAAUAAGUGGUUCGCUUCUUAAAAUUUUUUGUACGCUUAAAAUUUUGUAUCAUGGGGUGUCAGUUGAAACACUGUUCAAAUGCAAAAACUUUGUUUUUCCUAAUACAGCUAUAUAGAUGUGUUUGUUAUUACGCAUAAAGUUAUUUUGGGGAAAUUAUACAUACAUACAUACAUACACCAGUGCCACUG